AACCUGCCUCCAGGUGGAUCCCGGUGCAGAACCUACAGCAUCCUUAACUCUCCUGCACUUAGGCCACCAUGGCAGGUCGAGGUGGAGCUGCUCGACCGAAUGGACCAGCUGCUGGAAACAAAAUUUGCCAGUUUAAACUUGUCCUUUUGGGAGAGUCAGCGGUGGGGAAGUCCAGCCUCGUCCUGCGCUUCGUGAAGGGGCAGUUCCAUGAGUACCAGGAGAGCACCAUUGGAGCUGCCUUCCUGACACAGACGGUCUGCCUGGAUGACACAACGGUGAAGUUUGAAAUCUGGGAUACAGCGGGCCAGGAGCGGUACCACAGCCUGGCCCCCAUGUAUUACCGGGGGGCCCAGGCAGCCAUCGUUGUCUACGACAUCACCAACACAGACACAUUUGUACGAGCCAAGAACUGGGUGAAAGAGUUGCAGAGGCAGGCUAGCCCCAAUAUUGUAAUUGCACUAGCAGGAAACAAGGCAGACCUUGCUACCAAGAGAGCUGUGGACUUCCAGGAUGCACAAACGUACGCAGAUGACAACAGCUUGCUGUUCAUGGAGACGUCGGCGAAGACAGCGAUGAAUGUGAAUGAAAUCUUCAUGGCAAUAGCCAAGAAACUGCCAAAAAAUGAACCGCAGAACGCUCCCGGUGGCGCAGGGAGGAAUCGGGUGGUGGACCUUCAGGAGAGCAGUCAGCCCAGCAGGAGCCAGUGCUGCAGCAAUUGAGCAGCAGCAGCUCCGGCCCGACGGAGCCCUGGAAGGAGGUGACUGGAACCCACGCUAACAAUCGCACUUACCGUAGAGCGGCUGCGCCGGCGGCCGCUGUGAUUUCUCCAUCCCUUUCUGAUCAUAGGCUGGAGGGAGUUCUUCCACCUGGCACCUUUCUGUACAAAUACUAAUUCAAUUCUAAGUCUUAAGUCACUUUUUUAAUAUAUGAACUUCUGCUCUUCCCUCUCGCUGGUGGUGGUGGAUGCGCAGCCCGGUGCCUGCCCGGCAGCUCCUCCUCCCCGGGGGGCAGCGCCCGGGUCCCACCUUCUGUAGUUCACUAUUGGAAACAAAGGGAUACUGAGACCAGGCAACCUUGUUUAAAACGACCCGUGUGUAAAAGCUAAAGGCUAAUAAUACCAGUACAAAAUGGCUAGGACAACCACUAAACUGUAGCAUUAGAGUGACAAACUCUUGGCUCUUCAGCCACUUAUUGACCAAAUCACUUAACGAGUAUUCUGGGGUGGGGCAGAGGGAAGCAAAAACUGGUUUCUUCUGUAUUUUGUAUUGUAUGUUUCUUCAUGUAACCAAUCAGUAUCUUGUCAAUAUAGUACAUACAACGAGCUGCCUGUUGUCUUUAUUUGUGUUGGACUCUAGCAUGCCAACUCUUCUCUCUUUUUUUUUUUUUUUUUAAUCUAUCUCCGGUUCUGUCGUAAUGCACUAAUCCUGUUGCAACUUUUUGCAAAGAUCUUGUAUAGAAAUUUGUCCUUUUUUUUUUUUUUUUGAUGGUUGUGAUGCCACUAAUGUUGUUAACCCUACUCUGGUGUGAAUACACAUGGUUUACUGAUGUACAGAGGUGGGGUGGGGGAAACCUCGGAUGGCUUGUCCGUGGAAACAAUAUGUAUUGCAAAAAGCCUGUAAUUCCACACAGUGUGAAGGGAGGUAUUAAAACGGCUUCUGUUGCCAGACUCUAACUGA